AUGCCUCUAGAAAAGUCCUACUCGGAUCAAGUUGGUCGAACUAAGCGCUCACCAUGGCAGCGUUCGAGGAGUAACCCCGUGCACCAAGCACCACGGCCUCGACCACUCCAGCCUGUGUCCGAGGUAACGAAGAACAAACUCAACAAAUUCCAAUACCACCCGAAAGCCGGCGAAUCAGGCAUAGAAAACACAGAGAAUGAACAAGAUGCGACGAGUCGAACCAAGGACGAUACUAUGACUACGCCCGCCACUCGAUUGACAUGGAAAGACCUACUCGAGCCUGCCAGCGGAGCAGAAGACGAAAACACAUCGCCAAAUGAUCGACUGCUGUGGGACAACAGACAGGAUAACUUGUACCUAAAUGCAUUAUCUCCCAUGUUGUCUCGCAAAGGAAGAAAACGUGCCAGGAGCUCAUCACCCGUAUCAUCACCAAUCCCGGAAAAGCCAAAUACACCCUCGGUCAACGUCAGAAAGCUAGCCCAAGCUCUUAAGUCACCACAUGCAGACCCAACACUGGAAUUGUGGGAUCGAUACUCACUGAACGUACCUGACAAUUCGGACAGUCCCCUGGGACUAGCAAAUCCAGCACUAGCCCAGUUAAUGGUGUCUUCUUCACCAAGAUCAACAAAACCAACGGCUAGUGAGUCUAAUCUACGACGGGCGAUAAGUUGCGGUUUGAAUUGGCCAAAGAGGAGGAGGAUCGAAAGAUCAACUUCGGGUAGUCGACUGAGCAGUGAGAAGGAAGAGAUGGAGGCAUCGAAAUCUUCCAUGGUAACAGCACUGCUCGAUACGGUGACUAGUAGCAUCCACGGGCAGAGCGAGGAAGCUCAAGAUGCACCAGAGUCUCCCUCUCCAAAGAAAAGGCGGAUAUAUACCACUAGUAGUGGCUCCCCAUGUCAACUAAAACCCCAGAGUAGACCUACACCCCAGAUGAAGCCCCCAGCACAGCCCCCUCUACAGCGUGCAGCUCAAUCACCAACUCGGACAAAGGUUCCUGAACCUGCUUCCUCGGACUAUGGCGACGACGAAUUUGACGAGUUUGACGACGACACAAUACUCCAACUGGAAGCGAGCAUUACCACAACCCAAUUGGAGGCGGAUCCUCAACCAGAUCUGACAGGGACGGAAAACGCGCAACUAGACGAGUUUGACGAUAAAAUAUCAGACGAGUUCGACGACAAGUUGCUAGAAGAAUUUGGUGACUUGGAUGACGACAUCUUUGAUGAGGCGGAAGAACUGAUUACUGCGAACUCACAACAACUCCCUCAAGCUGCACCGUCGACAAAGCCCGACGAUCUGGAUGAAGAUUUUGGUGAUGCCUUUGAGGGGGACUUUGAUUUCGAGGCCGUGGAAUUGGCAGCAACCCAAGCAGCCCAAAAUUGCUCCGGAGACAGCCGGAAACCGAAAACAAUUCAACGAUACCUGGUGACCAACGUCUUGGAGGGCGAAUUUACGGACCAGUAUGGACAUACACGGCCAGAGAAGAUACUUCUUAUUCAGGCCGAUACCUCGAAAGAUAUCAAGACAGUUCUUCUGAGGGGUUCGUGGUUUGACACGCCAGCUCACGCAGAGUCAUACGUUCACAUCAUAGGUGACUUCACUGCGAGAGGCCAAUGCAUCAUUGACGAUGCCCAUAAUCUCCUCAUCCUACACCCAGAUCAACUUAUAUCCGCAACUGUGGUGGCUGAUUCGUUUGGUUGCAUGCGCCGCGCUGUGCUCCAAGAUCGAGUCAAGGCCACCAGUCCACCAACACCACCCCUGAUUUACGGAACCAUGCUACACGAAAUAUUCCAGGAGGCACUACUUGCCAACAAAUGGGACUUGCCAUUCCUAUGCGGCGUUAUUGAUCGCAUCACAGAGAAGCAUGUCGAAGAUCUUUACACUAUCAAAGUCGGUAUACCCUCAGCCAGGGAGCAUCUGCAGUCGAAAAUGACCGAAUUAAGCUACUGGGCUGGCUCUUUCGUGUCUUCUCAGGCAAAGCAGGAUGCAGUAGUUGAAGACCGAAACGGGAAAAAGGCCAACAUGGCUGUCACCAAACUCCUGGACGUUGAAGAGCACGUUUGGUCCCCAAUGUACGGACUGAAAGGCAAUAUCGACGCAACUGUUGAAGUUGCGAUGCAAGACGGGAAGAACGUCCGUACUUUAACCGUGCCGUUUGAAGUCAAGACGGGCAAACACGCAAACAGUAACCACAUGGCACAGACCGCACUUUAUACACUGCUUUUAUCAGAUCGAUAUGAUAUAGAGAUCGCUUACGGUAUUCUCUAUUAUAUGGAGACAUCAAAAACGAUGCGCAUUCCUGCGAUUCGUCACGAGCUCCGGCAUAUGAUCAUGCAACGAAACCAACUGGCAUGUUACGUUCGAGAGAGAAGCGUUCAACUGCCCCCAAUGUUGAAGAGCAAGCACAUGUGUGGGAAAUGCUACGCCAAGACAUCGUGCUUUAUCUAUCACAGACUAGCUGACGAUGGAGACGGGGAGACGAGUGGAAUGAACGAGAAGUUUGAUGAGCUUGUCAAACAUCUGACCCCCUUACACCAGGAAUUCUUCAUCAAAUGGGAGAACUUACUCACCAAGGAGGAAAAGGAGAGUCAGAAAACCAAAAGAGAGUUGUGGACUAUGACUAGCGCCGAGCGAGAAAAGAAGUCGCGGUGCUUUGCAGAUGUCAUCAUUGAAGACGGCUCAGCAUCAGUCGACACACACAACCCCAAGAUCAACCGAUACCAUUACAGUUUCGUCAAACGAAACCAAAUAGCAGGUUUCUCGUUUCUCGAGUCUGAGUUAACAGUCGGAGAGCCAAUUGUAGUCUCUGAUGAGGAAGGUCACUUUGCUUUGGCCAUCGGCUACGUUACGGCAGUCAAGAGACAGCGAAUCAGUGUGGCUGUCGACAGACGACUACACAAUGCUCGGAUUCGACAACCCGGAUUUGACGAGAAUGACAACCAGACCUUUGCUAGUAUUAUGGACGUUGCCCAUGAGGGAGCGACCCAGGACGAAACCACCGGUAAAAUCAAGGAGGCCCCUAUCCGAUACCGACUUGAUCAGGACGAGUUCAGCAACGGAAUGGCAACCGUUCGGAACAACCUCGUGCAGAUGAUGGCAGAUGACAUUAUUGGGUCACGGCAAAUUCGACGGCUGAUUGUUGAUUUAGAAGCACCCAAGUUCAAAGCUGCACCAACUCAGUAUACUGUAUCGGACCGAGACGGCCUCAAUGUUGACCAACACCGGGCAAUCGAAAAAGUCAUGAGUGCACAGGACUAUGCACUUGUCCUUGGAAUGCCGGGCACCGGAAAGACUACAACCAUUGCCCACAUUAUCCGUGCUUUAACAUCCCAGGGGAAGAGUGUUUUGCUCACCUCGCAUACUCAUACCGCUGUUGACAAUAUUCUGCUCAAACUCAAGACAGAUAAGAUACCUAUUCUUCGUCUCGGCGCCCCCGCCAAAGUUCACCCCGAGGUUCGCGAUUUUGCUUAUCUUGCUGGCCAACCGAUGAGUACAUUUGAUGAAAUCAAGGAUGCCUGGCAUGGAACGCCCAUUGUUGCAACGACAUGUCUCGGUAUCAACCAUCCUGUCUUCCACGAACGCUCGUUUGAUUACUGUAUCGUGGACGAAGCAUCUCAAAUUACUCUCCCCAUCUGUGCUGGUCCUAUCAGAAUGGCUCGUACAUUUGUUCUUGUCGGCGAUCACAACCAGCUUCCUCCCGUUGUGAGGAACGAAGAAGCACGCCAAGGUGGCCUUGAUGUCAGUCUGUUCAAGCUCUUAUCUGACACUCACCCUGAAUCGGUUGUCAAUCUGGAGCAUCAGUACCGUAUGUGUGAGGACAUCAUGACUCUUAGCAACACCCUGAUCUACGACGGGAAACUCCGAUGCGGCACAGAACAGCUGCGAAAGAGAAAACUCCAUAUUCCGCGAAUGGAGGCUCUUACACAGCGACAUUAUGAUGCGUCAAACAUUCACGCAGCAACGCCUCGGUCGUUUUGCUCUGCUCCCGGCCCAAGUCGAUGCUGGCUAUAUGAUCUUCUUGACAGCGAGGCUCGUGUGCGUUUCAUUAACACUGACACGAUCCAGCCCCCUGUCCGUGAAGAAGCUCAGGGCAAACGUAUUGUCAACUCGGCCGAAGUCCGCAUUGUUUCCCAGCUCGUUGACAGCCUGUUGACGGUCGGAGUUCCAGACUCUGAAAUUGGUGUUAUGACACAUUACCGAGCUCAGCUAUUUAUGCUGAAAGAAAAGCUCAAAGCAUUUUCUGGAGUGGAGAUGCAUACAACAGAUCGGUUCCAGGGACGAGAUAAGGAGGUGAUAGUCCUCAGUCUUGUUCGAAGCAAUGAAGCUUGCAACAUUGGAGAUUUGUUGAAGGAUUGGAGACGAAUCAACGUUGCUUUCACACGAGCAAAAACGAAGCUGCUCGUUAUUGGAAGCAAAUCGACCCUCAAGGGCAGCGGCAGCGACAGCAUGUUGAGCCAAUUCAUCUCCCUCAUGGAGGAACGAAAUUGGAUCUACGAAAUGCCUGCUAAUGCACUUGAAAACCAUUAUUUUGAAGAUUUUGGUACACAAAUUACAGCCACUGGCCCUACUCAGAAGACCAAAUCACCACGGAAAAAGGCCGUUGGAAAGGAGAACCGCAGGCCUUCACCAAAAACGGCCAGGAUUGGGGACAAGGCGUUAUUAAAGGGCAAACUUAUCACGAGGGAUAUCUUAAACGAAAUGACCAAUGGCGCAUAUGUUUGA